AUGUCUAUGACUAUUGCCGCCAUUGUUAUAACCAGUGUGGCGCUCUUGGUCCAUUAUAUCUGCCGCUCUCUGCUCUUCAGCCCCUUAGCGCAGAUCCCAGGGCCCAAGUCAUUUGCCUUGACGAAAUGGCGACUUGCUUCUGAAGACUACCAGGGCACACGCACCCGCAAACUCCAUGCGCUUCAUGGAGAAUAUGGCCCGGUCGUCCGGGUGGGUCCAAACGAGGUGACCUUUAACAGUCUUUCCGCGUUGCGUUCAAUAUAUGGGGCCGGGAGUGGCUUCGAAAGGACCAAGUUCUACCAUAUGUUUUCGGCAUACGGACGCCAGAACAUGUUCUCGUUUAGUGCAGUGAAACAGCAUGGGGAACGGAAAAAGAUCUUCGCCAAUGCCUACGCUAAAUCUACAAUUUUAAAAGGGGAGACCGCCCACAUGAUUGAAACCAAGGUCAAAAAGUUCAUUAGACUUUUAGAAAGAGAGAGAAGCAAUCUAUCUACCGAUAUAUUUCCUGCAUUGCAUUACUUCUCCCUAGACAACAUCACGGAGUUCGUCUAUGGCGACUUUGGGAAAACGGCAUGUCUCGACGGCGUGGAAAAAGACCGCGCUCUUCUUCACGAUAUCAUGGCCACUGGUAGUCGCAGACUUACAUGGUUUACGGUCCAUCACCCGAACUUCACGGCCUGGCUUUACUCGAGGACCGGGAUAAUGGGCUGCAUUGCUCGCCAAUUCUACCCGAUGCAGGGGCCAAUACCAUAUACCGAUAUCAAACUAUACGCAAUGAAGGCUUUCCGGUUAUUCUCUAGUGCUUCAGCCGAGGAGAAGACAAAACAGUCAUCUCUCAUCUCGAAACUCUGGAAGCAUCAUCUCAGUCAGAAAGAGGGCGGUUUAGAUGAUCUUGAUGUUGCGUCUGAAUGCGCAGAUCAUCUCGACGGCGGUAUUGACACCACAAGUGAUACUCUCAUGUUCGCAAUUUGGUGUCUUUCUCGGCCCGAGCACAGAAAGUUUCAGAAGAGACUUAUUGACGAAGUUCAAAGUCUAUCAGAAAAUGAACUUAACACGGAUGGGAUACCACGAGUAGAAGUAACCGACAAGCUAGAAUAUGUGAAUGCAGUGAUCAAAGAAACUCUCAGGCUUUUCGCGCCACUCCCAGCAUCAGAACCAAGAUCGCUACCAAAGGACACCACAAUUGAUGGCUAUCUGAUCCCUGCCUAUACAAUCGUUUCAAUUUCGCCAUAUACUCUGCACCGGAACGCAGAAGUUUUCAGAGACCCUCGGGCAUUCAAUCCAGACCGCUGGCUUGACCCCUCCCAGGACGCCGCGCAAAUGAGAAAGCUCUUCUGGGCUUUCUCCAGUGGAGCACGGAUGUGCAUUGGAAUGCAUCUCGCCAUGGCAGAGAUGACCACAUUUUUGGCGGCACUUUACCGCAAAUAUAUAACACAACCUGUAGAUGAUUUCGACAUUAUCUCGCCCGGCAUAACAAGCCGUUUUGAGGUCUUCUACGACGAGAAUUGCAGUGAGAUACGAGAACAUGAAUGCCGAAUUGCAUUUAUGCCUCAGUGA